AUGUUAAAAAAAGAAAAAAGAAAAAGGAAGAAACGGAAACUCUUUUUAAUUCAUAUGAACUUCUGUAUUUUCAAUAUAGAAAACGUUAGUAGUUUAUAUAAUGAGGAUUACUUUCCUAAUAGAAGAAGUCACAUUAUUGAGCUCAUUCAUGAAAUAUUAAAAACGAAUUAUUUUAAUUAUUAUGCUGUAGUUUUAUCAGAUAAAUUUUCAUCAAUGCAUAUUGCCCCAACUAAAGACUUUAGCGCAAUUGACUCUUUAUAUAAUCUUAAACCAAAUUCAGAACAUCCUCACCAUUUGCGUUGUUUAAGAAAAUCAUUAUUCAUUUCAAAACAACAACAUUACCACUCAGUCCAUAUUGUUUCAUUUAUUACUUCUGAAGAAGCUUUAUCUGACGUAGUUUUAAGACAAACAGAACUUCAAACAUUACCUGGACAGGUCCCAUGUGAAAGUAAAGCUGGCAAAUUUAUUUCAUGUAAAGUAAUUACACAUAUAACGGAUAAUACAGUUUCAAUGAUUCCAGUACCAAUUAUUUCUAAACAAAAGAAUUUAAGUACUAUUAGAUGUGGUAAAUCAAAUAUAAUUGAUGGAAAAUGUGUAUCGUCAGAAGAACUAGGAACUCUUUUCUUGGUUGAACUAUCUCCUAUCUUAUUUAAGUUGAUUUGGAAAACCGAAAAUGAGAUAGAUAAUUUGACAACACUUUCUAGUGAGACAAGUUGUAAGCAUAUACAAAAAGGUGAAUAUAACUUCUUAAUUUUUGAAAGUAAUAAACCAAAUGGUAGUCUUACUAAAACAAUUUAUUGGACUACUUUGGAUACAAAAGAAUUUUGUACUAUUUUUGAAAAAGCUAUGAACCAAGAUGUCCCACAAAACUAUAUGAAAGUUAUGCAAACUAUUUGGAAUGAUAAUAAGAAGACGUUGAGUAGUAUGGAAGAAAAAUUUAUGAGUAUGAAGAGAGAAAAAGAAAUUAUGAACAAAAUGGAUGAAUAUGUAAAAGGGGUUCCUAAAACAGAACUAAAUAGGAAAGUAAGAAAUGAGGCUGACAAAAAAACUGAACCCAAAGAGCCAAGUUCUAAUUAA